UCCAGAUCUGUGUAUACUGUAGCUCAGAUGUGGAUGUUGACUGGUUGAUGUGGGGGAUGUUUGAAACACGUGAAUGUAUUAAAAAGAAGGUUUAAAGGUGAACAGAGCUAAUAGACAGGGAGUGAGGUCACAAUCGCUGCACGGCAGGAAAACGGCAGAAAUCUAGGAAACCUGCAAACAUGAGCCAUGUUAAAAAAGUGAUUAGGAAGAUAAAGGUGAAAAAUGAACUGACGCGACAGAUUUUAGGAGAGCUCUUGGGUACUUUUGUCCUUCUGCUGUUUGGUUGUGCAGCAGCAGCCCAGGUGAAAACCAGCAGAGAAACUAAAGGACAGUAUCUGUCUGCUAACCUGGCCUUCUCUGUAGGUGUUAUGUCUGCCAUGUAUCUAAGCAGAGCAGUCUCAGGAGCUCAUCUAAAUCCAGCUGUGUCUUUGAGUUUCUGUGUGUUGGGUGAUCUACCCUGGUCAAAGUUGUUGCCCUAUUCUCUGGCUCAAGUGCUGGGGGCAUAUUUUGCCUCUGGAUUGGUCUAUCUCAUCUAUUAUGAUGCAAUCAUGGAGUUCAGUGGUGGAGUCCUGACUGUAUUUGGCCCCAAUGAAACAGCGAGUAUAUUUGCCACUUACCCAACUGGUGUGGUGUCAAUGCAGACCAAUUUUCUGGAUCAGGUGGUUGGCACAGCCAUGCUGAUGUUGUGUAUACUACCUCUAAAUGAUAAGAGAAAUGCUCCUGCCCCCGAGGCACUGCUUCCUCCCAUUGUAGCAACCGUUGUGUUAGGUAUUUCCGUAUCGAUGUCGGCUAAUUGUGGAGCAGCCAUAAAUCCAGCUCGUGACCUUGGCCCUCGACUCUUCACUCUUACUGCAGGCUGGGGAAUGGAAGUAUUCACAUGCUAUGACUAUUUCUUCUGGAUCCCAAUAGUCGCACCAAUGGUUGGGGGUGUGGUGGGCUCGAUCAUAUAUCUGAUUUUCAUUCAGUGGCAUUUGCCUGAGCUUGAGGAUGAGGCGGUGUCUGAAUGUACGGAGAUUAAAGAUCAAACAAAGUUUGUGGAGCACAAUGACCUGCAACAAUCGGGCAAAAAGGACGAGAUAUACCUUAAACUGUCAGAACUUUGAAAGGCAUGGGAGACUUUGAGAUGUGAACGUAAUGUGGCUCAAAAUAUCACAAAAAAACUACACAUAGGUGGACUUCAAAAUGUUUAAGCCUUGUUACGUAUUACUUAGAUAUUACAUUUUCCCCCAAUAAUUUUUUAUUGGGGAAACUUUAUAUGGUUGCUUUCACAGCUUUAUAAUAUUAAAU